AUGCAGCCUUACCAGCCUCCAGCAGCACGAAGCUGCCGGCAACCAGAGCAACCUGCCCCCAUUCUGGUCCCAGCCCAGGGCGAGGUGUGGUAUUUAUUGCAGGGACAGCUCACAUUCAGAGAUGUGGCCUUAGAAUUCUCUCAGGAGGAGUGGGGAUGCCUGACCCACAUUCAGCGGCAACUGUACAGGGAUGUGAUGUUGGAGAACUACAGACACUCCAUCUUCUUGGGUCUCAUUGUGUCAAAGCCAGACUUGGUCUCCUUUUUGGAACCAAAGAGGGAUCCUAGGGAUGUGAUGAGAAAGGAUACUGUAUCCCUCCAUCCAGGUAGGUGGGAAUGA